AUUUGCCACUUUCAUGUGAAUUAAGUUCAAGUUUUAGUUUCAUGGAUUGCAGUAGUGCCACAACAAAAUAAUUUUUAACAGGAGCUUUUAACUGGGAAUAGUGCUAUUUGCAUUCGAAGCAAAUUUCAUUUCCAUUAUUACUGCUUAAUAUACAAUGCAGUGAUUCAUGACAGUGUUAUUCAUUCAGUGCUGUUCCUUGAAUAACUGAAAGUGGACCAUUAAAUAAUUUUAUUUAUGGAUGGAUAUUUAUUUUGCUACUGUCUGUUGUUGUUACAACUUGACAGACUGUUGGGAUAUUUGCUGCAUUGAUACACCAGGGAUACACAGAGAUCACCCUUAGUUUACUUCCCACUACACCAAUAGCCAAUGGCCUCUUAUGUUAAACCAACAAAAUACCAGGGGAAUGAUGCUGUCAAAGUGGACCCUAUAAUAUGGGAAAAGGACUUACAACUACAAGUGUCCAAUUCUCAUUCCACCCACGUCCUUAACGACCUGAUUGAAUCUGUUUGUAAUUUAAUUGGGUAGAUGUGCCCCUUGCUGUUCAGAGGGUGAGAUGUAAGAGUUAUGGUAAAUGUGCUGUAUUCUAAUCCUCUGGUCUCUGCCAGAGUUCUGUAUCUCAGGCUUGCAGGCAGAAUGUGCUCCGACUAAACUGUUGUUCCCACCUGCACGGCUCCCAACUGCACCUGAGCUCCAAGCGUGGAUGCUUCUACCUUCUCCACCCGCACCAGAGUAUGGCCUGAAUAAGAGGGGACUUGGUCUGGGUGUUUUGCCCACCCAGAGUUAGAUGUAGCCAAAGUGUUCUGGGUGAAAGUAGGCUUGAAAAUGAUUAGCUAGCUUGCUGUAAGCCUUUCAAGAUGACCCUACAGAACUUGUUGCUGGUAGUCAAAUUUAUCGAAAGAAUAAUGUUGUCCCCCGUAAAUGCCUUUGUUUUCCGAGUAAAUAUGUCACUCCUGUUCAUCCUUGAUUUAAUAAACACAAAAUGUGUUUUAGAAAGUCUUCCCAUUUAUUUAAUUGAAGUUCAACACUGCGGGACGCAAUGCUGCUGCUUGGCUUGAAUUUUUCUUGAACAUUUGUUAUGUGACACUUCUUUGAAUUUUAUCUGAACGUAGAUAUUUAGUUGAAGUUUUUACUGUAUUCAUUGAAGAGAUGUAACAGGUCGGUAGGUCAAAAUGUUUUCAGUUGAAGACAAGAAAACUGCGCUUACAAAGUUGACUUUAUAAAUGGUUGGUAUAGCUCGGCAUCAAAUGACCUCUGAGAAUAGUCCUAGGAGUCCAGAGCUUUGCUACAAAUAAUGUUAAUGUAUCCAUGUUUUAUCUUUGUAUAGAUAAUACAAAAGUAUGCAUUGUAUAUUGUCCCAUAAGCAACGGCCAAGCAAAAUAUAAUUACUAUACUGGUGUUAAUAAUGUACUAUCAGCUCUGACCUCUAAUGGCAUGUUGUGGAACUGCAAACAUACUUCCGAAACAGGAACAAAAAUACAAAAAAGUACAGUUAAAACCUUUGUUUCUAAUGCACAUGUUAUUUCGUUUUAAAUUCACCAGCAAAAUUUUAUCAUGCAAAGUCUCUCGCCUCUUUGGUCUUAAAUAAAAUAGUUUUAUCUGAAGAGGAGAAUGUACGUGUACAUCCCAUGUUUUCCUUAUAUUUAGGUUGUAAGCAUGUAAAUGCAUUAAGGUAUAGUAGUGAUGGUCUGUCAUCAGCUAAUGGCUGUCAACAUCACUCAGUGUAUGUAGACGUACUGAAUGUCCCUGAGCGAGUUUGUACACAAAGGAUGCCGAAGUGCGAACCAGGAGGGGCGUGUCCACGGCUUUCGAGAGCUUUCGCUAUUGGCCAGGGUUCUCCUGGUAACCAGCACAAACUGUAUCAACACACCGAGGACACAUGAGUAUUUUUGAACAUUUCUGAAUAACGAGAAAGAAUGCAGUCAAAGAGAUGACAUGGACUGGGGAUCCAAAACGUACGUCCCUACAACCACGGAUAAAGAGGAGUGUUACGGGAGCCCCGGCAGAAAGCAUUCACCUGCAGAUAUUGAGGAGAGACUUGAUGAAUAUUUAAUCGCCCUUCAACAGAAAAACAGGAUCUUGAAACGGCUGAAGGCUAAAAGCCCCAAAGACAUAGAGCUGGAACGUCUAGAGCAGGGCUUCUCCAUCUACGUAAAUGGGGCCAACUUUGAGGCCAACAGGAAGCCCCAGAGACGGGGGCAGAAGGUGCUCAUGUCGCCUCCACCUGUAGCCCGGGCCCCGCAUACAGCUGAUGCUUCUAGGAGGAGCGGUUUGCAAGCUGAAGACCAGGAAGAUCUGCAGGAGGGACAGAAAAAGAGGAGUCAGACUGCUCCGGGGAAAGUCCAGAGGAAGGAAUGGGUUCAGAGCUCGGUCCACAUUAAGGCGGAGAACGGGCCUGUCCUGCGGCUUCACCCGGAGCACCUGUACUCGGAAGAUUUCGAGCCCUAUGAGAGCGUGAGCAUGGAGGUAGGGGGUGCGUGCGCUUGCCGGGCCCCGGGGCUGUGCUGCUGGGGCGGGUGUGUAAGCCCGCUUCUCCCUGUGUGUCCUCCCUCUCAGCAGCCCGCCGCUCAGUCCCCGCGCAGGGACGCCCGCGCCGGCCCCAGGGCCCCCUGCGGCCCCCGCGAGGCGGAACGCAGCGAGCGAGUCCUCCUCAGCAUGGACGAGGUCAAGGUGCUGCGGCGGAGCCUGGAGGCGAGCGUGAGCGUGGGCGUGAGGCGCUGCGGCCGGGACUCCGCGGGGGAGGAGUCGGAGGAGGAGUGGGUGGAGGAGCAGAUAGAGAGGGAAGAGAGCGCGGAGAGCUUGGAGGAGCUCGGCCUGCCAGCCAAGGGCCCUGCCUUCAACCUGCAGCCCAGCAGCAUGCCCAGCCACCGCCUCGAUCCUGGAGACCUCAUCGUGCUGGACUUCGGCCCCGCCCACAGUGGUGGAAGGAAAGAGCGCACGCUAUCAGCAAAGAGGAAAGACAACAUGGAGUCUUACAUUCCUACCAAGCCGGUCAUAGUGAAAAACAAGACCCCUGACUGCCCUCCCUCCACACAAGGCAGAGAUGCUUCAAGGCCAUGGAGUCGAGUGGAGCGCCCCCUGUCUGCAGCCCGGAAAUCAGUGCUAGAGGAGCGGGAUCCUGAGGACACUGCUGGCCAGGUUUUCGAGGCCCUACAGAGAGAGAACAGCCCCUUGCAGCCCGCACAUCGGGCCUCGCGACUCAGGCCGAUGAGAGACUUAAAUAAUGGCUUUGAGGCUUUUGGGGAAAGUGGGGUGACCAAGGCCAUGCAGAGAAUCACCCUCAUGGAGCCAAGCCAGCAGAAGAAACUUCUGAAGGCACUGGAAAAAAUUGAAGCUGACACUAAUGUGGAUUUCCCUGAGAUAUCCAAGACCAGCAGCGGAAAACCAGCAAGGUCGCGGGCGUCUGCAGAGGUGACGGCAGCUCUCUACGUCACCAUGGAAAUCCUGUCCAACUGGGGGAGCAGCAGUCUGGUGGGGCUGACGGAGGUGCAGUUCUUCUGCCGGAGGAACCGCAAGCUCUACGUGUCCCCCCACGACCUGGACAUCCGGAACACUGACCAUCCGGGGAACCUGGGGGCGUUGGUCAACGGGAAAGCCAAAACCACAAAAGAGAGGCACAUGUGGACCUGCCCAUUCCACCCGCCCGUCCAGCUCUACUUCAUCGUCCGCAACCCCGAGCGCUCUCCUGACUUCGGCAUCUCCAGGAUCAAGAUCUGGAACUACAACCGGAGCCUCAAUGAUCUGGAUAUCGGCGCCCGGCACGUGAGGCUGUACCUGAACAGCACGUUGGUGUUUGAAGGAGAGCUGGAGAGGGGCUGCGGGAACCAGGUGUUUGACUACAGCACCACCAUCGACCUGCAAGCCCUGGCCCAGGAGCCCGUGUCUCCCAGCCCCGCCUCUUCGGGCCACAGCCUGGGCGCGGCCGAGGACCUCCCCUCCGACCAUGACAGCGGCAGCCAGGAGAGCAGCGGCAGCAGCCACACCCAGCAGGCGGAGGACAUGAGCGAGGGGCCAGCCGGUCCAGAGGAGGACCCCUCUCCGCCGCCCCCACUGGCCGGGAGGACCUCCCCGGACGGAGAGCCCCCGCUGGACAAGCGGCCGGAGCGCGUGAUGGGGCGGGCGGCCACCUGCCAGCCCGUCUCCAAAACGCCGCCCUGGCUGCGGCCCCUGAGCGCUGGGAGUCAGGAAGGCGCCGAGGGGGCCAAGGAGAGGCCCCCCUGGCUCUCCUCGGACCAGCCCCCAAACCCCAAACCCUCGGCGAUGCCCGAGCUGCUUGGCAACCCGGGAAAGUCCAUCAGGAGCUCGGCCCUGUGGGGGGAGAGGGAGCAGAACGGGGAGCCCAGCCGCUCCCCGGUGCAGCUGAGCUCAGACUCGCUGGACCUGGGCGACCUGCUGGAGGACCUCCGCCUCAGGGGGGACCGCCCCGUCAGCAGCAGGAGGAGCACCAGGAGAAGCGCUCAGCACCCGGAGCCCAGCAGAGACUGGGCCGCUGACCCGUCCGGCCGAGAGGAUCCCGGAGGCAGCAGGCGGCAGUGGACCCCCCGGGCCCAGUGGCGCAGCGAGCAGGAUGACACGCUGAUGGAGUCCUGGGACUCGCUCACCAAGUUCAACCAGUGCCAGCGCGGCCGCAUCUCCAACAUGGGCUUCGAGGGGGACAUCUUUGACGAGUUCCUGCAGCGGCAGGCGCGGCCCGAGGCGGGGGCAGGGGCGGGGACUGGGGCGGGGAGCCACCCCCCGCAGACGCCCCGCCAGGAGAACCUCCCGGAGGAGCCGGAGGACGACCCCUCGAGCGAGACGGAGCGGGACGAGGAGUUCGAGAUCCCCGUCCUGCCCCAGGGCCAGCGGCUGGUGAUCAACAUCCUGUCCACCUGGGGUGACCGCCACUACGUGGGCCUGAACGGCGUGGAGAUCUUCAGCUCCAGCGGGGAGCCCGUGAUCCCCGCCCGCAUCCGCGCCGACCCGCCGGACAUCAACGUGCUGCCCGCCUACGGCAGGGACCCGCGCGUGGUGGCCAACCUGGUGGACGGCGUCAACCGCACGCAGGACGACAUGCACCUCUGGCUGGCCCCCUUCACUUCGGGCCGCCCCCACGUCAUCUUCAUCGAUUUCCACAGCCCCUGCCAGGUGGCCAUGAUCCGCGUCUGGAACUACAACAAGUCGCGCAUCCACUCCUUCCGCGGGGUGAAGGAGGUGGAGAUGCUUCUGGAUGGGAGGUGCAUCUUCAGGGGGGAGAUCGCCAAGGCCUCGGGCACCCUGUCUGGAGCCCUGGAGCAGUUUGGAGACACCAUCCUGUUCACCACGGACGACGAGAUCCUGGAGGCCAUGUCCCGCUUCGACGAGACGUUCGAGGGCGAGGCGGAGAGCCCUGAGGCGCUGGUGAGCGAGGAGGAGCUGCAGCGUCCGCGCACCGCCGACGGGGAGGGCGAGGAGCGCCCCUUCACGCAGGCCGGCUUCAGGGACGAGGACCAGCGCGUGAAAUUACUUCCCAGUACAGACAGCCUUUCUGAAGUGGCUAUGGAGCAGGUUCCUGGAAUGUACAGCGGAAAGUGCCUUAAGAUGAACCUGAGCAUGACCUGGAGCGACUCUCAUUACUUGGGCUUGACCGGGCUGGAGGUGGUGGGGAAGGAAGGCCAGAGCCUGCCCCUGGACAUGAGCAUGGUGGACGCCUCCCCCCGCGACCUCAACCAGCUCCCAGAAUAUGGCCAGGACCUGCGGACCCUGGACAAGUUGUUUGAUGGUCACAACAUCACCAUGGAGGACGAACACAUGUGGCUGAUCCCCUUCUCCUAUGGCAGCGUGCACGAGCUGACCGUACGCUUCGAGAAGGCCCAGACCGUGGCUGGACUGCGCAUCUGGAACUACAACAAGUCUCCUGAAGACACGUACAGAGGGGUGAAGGUGAUGCACGUGUCCAUGGACGACGUGGUCAUCUCUCCGCCCGAGGGCUUUCUGAUCCGGAAGGGUCCGGGGAACUGCCACUUCGACUUUGCCCAAGAGAUCCUGUUCAUCGACUACCUGCAGACAGCUUACUGCAGGAGCACAGAGUCACAACAGUUACACAAGGGCAGCCCACAGAAAGUGGAGAAGGCCAGCAUGGACUACGAGGCUCCCCCCAUGCCCUGUGGAUUCAUCUUCCAGCUGCAGCUGCUCACCACCUGGGGCGACCCCUACUACAUCGGCCUGAACGGGCUGGAGUUCUACGACCAACACGACGCCAAGAUCCCCCUCAGCGAUAACAAUAUUGCAGCAUUUCCAGACAGCGUGAACGUUCUGGACAGUGUGAACGGAGACGUGCGGACUCCAGACAAGCUGGUGGAUGGAGUGAACGACACCGACGACGGCAGGCAUAUGUGGCUGGCCCCAGUGCUGCCAGGGCUGGUGAAUCGGGUGUAUGUCAUAUUUGAUCAACCAGUGACCGUGUCCAUGAUCAAGCUGUGGAACUACUCCAAAACUCCACAAAGGGGAGUGAAGGAAUUUGGGCUCCUGGUGGAUGACCUGCUGGUGUACAACGGCAUCUUGGACUCUGUGGGUCACAUGGCCAGAGGGAUCCUACCCACCUGUGACCCCGUGGUGCCUUAUCACACCAUCCUCUUCACCAGCAACGCCAAGAUAGCGCACCGGGAGAGGAACACGGUGAUCAGCCCCCAGCGCGGCAGGAAUCGGGAGCACAACUACGUGGAGGACCAGGAUGUUAAGAUGACAAAUGAGAACCAAAUAGUUCACCACCACAGCAAAAAGAAGCAGGCAGCUGAUCCAGCCCUUCGGCCCAAAACCUGCAUGACGGACAGAAGGCAGCUGGGGAAGAGGCCCUACUGAGAGACGGGGGGGGGGAGAGCAUGGAGGGACUGCAGCUGCACCGCACCACCCCAGUGCUUUGGACCCCUGGGUCUUGAGCUCCGCCCCUCUCCAUCUGCACUCCCCAGCAUCUGAGGCCUGCGCUUUAGCGGAGCGCACAGAACAGCUUGUUGUGAACUGGUCGGUGAGUGUGUAGCGAGCCGCAAGGCCUCCUCACCCACCAUGGAGGCGGUUCAUCUUCACAGCCCUCUCAACAGCAAUAUCUCCCAUUGGCCCGUUAGUGCUUCUGCUCACCCCACGUUGGCUUUAAAGGGAUAGUUCAGGGGUUAAAGGGAUAGUUUCCUGAGAUUUUUUUAUGUUAACGAGGGAUAUUUUAGAUACUUACAGAACUUUCUGACGACCUUCCAGCUUACAGUGGCUGGUAUAAGGGGCAUCAACGAGUUUAUUUUGGGGGUUCAUGGUCUACAGUAAGAAAAUGCCCUUCACAUAAAUUCAGAGUAGUUUGUACAGUAACGUUAUGUUUCCAGUGGCUGUACUUAUGAACAGAUACAUUUCACAGUGUUUAUUCACAAAUACCUAUAAACAUAAAUAUCAGUUUUCAUAUUGUGCCGGUACUACUUUGCAUGAGUGCAGCACCCCAAAUGCCCUAUACUUGUCAUCAUAAAGCCAGCUGGUCAUCGGUAAUGUAUCUAAAAAUUAUCAUUGCACCUUCAUUGCACACAUAUGCUAAAAAACACACCAAAACUGAAAUAAAAUCAAAAGACCUCUGAAGUGAACCAUCCCUUUAGAGUCAUUGUUGGUCUUGUAUAUUCUCGCUACCGAGCUUCGACUAUGCUGUGGUUUCAUGAUGGAGCCCUCCUCUCUGUUCUUUAAUACACUGCUGCUGUCACUGCUCCAUUUACAAGAGCUGUGUAAACUUCCAAACCUCUGUACAGUGCACUCUGAAUAAGGAAAGUUCUAGAAGCUGUUUGCAUUAUACUUAAUGUACAGAUAUGCCCUGACUAAGCCUUUAAGAGAAGUUGCCUACUUGCUGUCAGCACAAAAAUCAGUAGAAUACUUUUCUGUCAAAUGAACUUCUAGCAUAGUGUCAUUGUAUUUAUCUGUUGUUUUAAUCCGACUGGUUUUAACAAUCUUACUGGAAAGAACAGGUAAUAGUAAAAUUUGAGCAUUCAGAUUUCUAGUGCCUGUUCCACAGCACUGCACCAGCCUGCAAAGGGAUCAGAUCAGAAGACUAGUUUAAGUGCUUGUUCUUGUUACUGUUUGAGGCUGUACUUAUAUAUGUCUACCUGUAUUUCUUUGUUGUCACCGAAACACACUCAAACUGAUCUGCUGAGCAGUAGUUUCACUGGUAUACAUGAAUCAGUCAGAUACAUUCUUCAAUAAAGCUGUGUAGUUUAGGAGUUGUAUGGUAGCAGUGGUAAUGCUUUCAUGUCAGUACUUAGGGGCUUUUAAGUGUGGUUGACAGCAAGUACAGUGACCUAGUAGUUUGCAACUUAAGUGACCUUAAAAGUAUGUUAUUUAUGAGGAAAUUUACACAAGAUUCUGGAAUAUGUACUCUUCUGUAUUUUUAUCUAAAUACUAUCCACCAGUCCAACCUGAAGUAUCACUGAGAUGUCCUUCUGUUCAAUGGUAAAUAACUCCAUGUAAACACAUAUUUUGCUGUUUUUCCAUUAGAAUACCGCUUGUCUUGUUAUGUUAUUAAUCGGAUAUCAGAAUGUGUAAUUUUUGUGUCAUUCACAUUUUGAGGUCUUUUGAAUUGCCAACUCAUUGUGACUGAAGACAAUGUGGAAAUGUUGGGUCUUGACUGGGAAAUGGCUUCUUUUACUUUCACAGCUGGGGAAAUAUAUGUUCAAUGCAUUGUCAUUGAACGGAGAGAUCAUCAAAGGACACAUUUGUAUCAUAAACACCAGUACUAUUUAAUAUGCAAGCACAGAAAAUAUACCUCAAGUAGAAGCUAAAUAUAUCUUGAAAGCUGAAAUGCUUACACUAAAAUAUAGAUUGUAGCACAGAUAUUCUCAGAAAGCACACCUGGAAGUAAAGUUUAUAUUGCAUGUCCUCUUCAAUGAUUUCAUCACUUGCGUGAAUGGGUAUCAAAUAAUUUAAUGACAAAGGGGGCACUGUUCAUUUGCAGAGGUUUGUAUUCAGUAGAAGAUACAAAUUUGCUGCUUUUAUGAGCUGCAACAUGCUCAUGGUUUCCCUCGCAGAAGUGUCCGAAGAACUGUCUUCAGUUUACUUUUGAAAUGCAGUUUUGUGCAUUUCAGUGUUACCGUGAAGUCCAUAAAGAAAGAUUUCACAUUUAAUUUCUGUCACGCUUCAAGGUUCUUGGAUAUUUUGUUGCAACGACUGUAUAUGUAACAUUCCAUGUUAAAAUAUGUUAGAGUAUUUUUUUUAAUCAUUUACAGAUAUGUGUAUAUUUAGUGUAGCUUUACAGAAAUGAAUAAAAUGUGUUCCAGUAAACAGCC